AUGGACACUUUGGUGAUGCGUCCACGGAAGCGGCCCACGUGCACGUCGGACAAGAGCGCAACAGCGACACGGCCGAGUCCUGCAGUCUCCAAUGAGGUCGCACGGACUCCCAGUGCAAUGGACGUCCGCGCAUUCGGCCUCGAAGACCGGGCCGAAGCAGUGAUGGCCAGCGGCAGGGACAGCUGGACGCUCGCCAACCUGUCCAAGUGGCGUCACGAUGCGCUUGAGAAGGCGGACACGACGUGGCACACGCUACGGGACGCCCGACCGGACCCAAAGUGCAGUAGUAAAUUGUACUUGCGGCAGCGACAACGAGCGUACCGUCACCAGUGCCUCUCGUCCAGUCAAAUGAACCCGAUAGAAGCCCACGGAAUCGACCCACGUGACGCAGACCACACGGUGUGA